AUGGGGCGUAAGUGGAUCCAUACAAUCAAAUAUGACAUAGAUCAUAUAAUAGAGAGAUAUAAAGCUUAG